AGAUCCCUGUCUAGCUGUUUGGCCCCCACAUCAUCCACCGCCCACCACCGACACCAAACUUCAUCGUCACUCGAUUGGGCGAAAGUGCCAAAAUUCAAGUCCAGCUCCACAAUCCACUUCGACAACACGAAAUCGUAUAUCCAUAACCACCAUACCGAGUAUAAGCUGUGCCCGAAGAUCUCAGAUACUAUUAUACGAACAACCGACGAAAUUUAUUCCGCAGCAAAGCGGCAUUCACUCGCGAUGCCAUACUUUGCCACGAGCCAGGAAUGGCUGCACCAGUCUUCGCUCCUCCUUGAAGCACGACCAACUACCACACGCAUAACAACCAAAUACCACAUCAGCAAACCCAAGCCCCGACGCGCCAAAAAAGCCCCAACCUCCCCGUCCCCCUCCCCCUCCACAACGACCGACACCGCGCCCCGCGGCUCCCUCACCCUCAAAACCUACGACCCGCAUUCCGGCGCCUGUCUCAAGUACCGCACGACCAAAGCAGCCGAAGUAUCGCGCCUAAUCCAGAGUCUGGGCCGGCCGUUGGGGGCCCGCAUGGCCGCCCUGCCGUUACCCGAGGCCGCGGACGAGGUCAUGGCCGAUGCGCCGCUCGCGGCGGGGACGCCGGCCGAGGAGAAGAGGGGGGAGGAUGUGGUAGGACCUGCGCAGCUAGAAGGAAGUACAGGUGGUGGUGGUGGUGGUGGUGGAAAGGCGCCGGGACAGGGACAGGGACAGGGGCAGGCGGGAGGAGGUGGCGGUGGUGGGAAGGGGAAGAAGAAGCGUGGGAAGAAAUGAGGAAAUGGAUGAUGAAUGCAGAGGGAGGGAAGAAAAGGAUUGGAAAGUCUAUGUUGGGCCGUAUCCGGUCGAAAAGAGAUCCUAGACCUAGAGGGACCCGUCCGUAUAGUUCCUUGCGAUUACAUCAUAGCAUCGCUAUAAGGUUACUUAUAGUUAGAAUCAUAUUCAAAGCUUGAUUACGAGGUAGGCUACAACCUAGAGAAAGCCCAGCGCUUGGACGCAUACCAAUGAACCUAUUAAUACGCACAUGGCAUUAAAGCAACAUCAUUUACGAUUCAAAUAUCACGCAACGCCAAAUCACAUGAUAC